AUGAAGAAGUCGAGCGGCAGCAGCCAUGUGAUCGGAGUUCCCGUCACCUCCACGGCGUACGCCAUCGAGGACACGACGACGACGAGGGACCGGCCGGCGGCUAACCAGGACGGAGACGAUCGCCUCGCGGUCUCGUUGACGCACCCGAGCCCCUACACUUCCUUCGGCUACAAGCACAGCAGCAAGGGUCAGGUGAUCCACUGGGUGAGCAAGCUGGGAAGACGAGCUCAGAGCUUCAGGGACCAUGUGACACUGGGUCCGAAGCUAUCGGAGACGGUGAAGGGGAAGCUGAGCCUGGGCGCGCGGAUCCUGCAGGCCGGCGGCGUGGAGCGCGCGUUCCGGCACGCCUUCUCCUCCUCAGCCGAGAAAGGCGAGCGGCUGGUGAAGGCCCUGCAGUGCUACCUCUACACCACGGGCGGGCCCAUAGCCGGGAUGCUCUUCGUCUCCACCCGCCGGAUCGCCUUCCGCAGCGACCGCUCCCUCGCCGUCACCUCCCCGGCGGGCGGCGACGCCAUCGUCGCGCGGGUGCCGUACAAGGUGGCGGUGCCCCUGAGGCGGAUCAAGAGGGUGAGGCCGAGCGAGAACGCCGACAAGCCGGAGCAGAAGUACAUUCAGGUGGCCACCGUCGACGGCUUCGAGUUCUGGUUCAUGGGGUUCGUCAGCUACCAGCGGUGCUGCAAGUACAUGCAGCAGGUGAUCUCCGAGCUGUCGUAG